UCCACCCCCCAUACUGUGCGGUAGCGGGUAGUGCCUGGGUAAUAACAGGCAUUUGUUUCUGUCUCCAGGGAAGGAGCUGCUAGUCCCGCUAACCAGCUCUAUGUACGUCCCCGGAAAGCUCUCCGACGUCGGCUACGUGCUGGUAGACGUGGGGACAGGCUACUACGUAGAAAAGACAGCAGACAAUGCCCGAGAUUUCUUCAAAAGGAAGAUCGACUUCCUGACCAAACAGAUGGAGAAAAUUCAGCCGGCACUGCAGGAAAAACAUGCCAUGAAACAAGCUGUGAUGGAAAUGAUGAGCCAGAAGAUCCAGCAGCUAACGGCCAUGGGGGCUUCACAGGCUGCAGCAACGAAGGCGUAGCCUUUGGGAUCGGUACCCCGGGCCCCGCACGCCGUGGCGUGACUGAGGCAUUUUGUUCUGUUACGAGCAGAGUCUUAAAAUCACCGAGGAAGCAGCUGGGGCUGAAGCCCUCCCGGCCGUCGGGAAGCAUCUGCUCUUUGUGCUGGUGGCUGUUAUGUGCGUGGUGUCUUAAAUGCAAACCUGUGGGAAAGUCGUCCCCUUUUGAAUGUGGCAGGUAAUAUCAAUGUGUGAGAUAAAUUAAAGCAGUGCUGAAUGGUA